CCGAGACGGGGCGUGCGGCCAUGGCGGCGGGCGGCGCGGAGGAGCAGCAGCAGCAGCAGCGGCGGCUGGGCCGGCUGUCGGCGCUCUCGGUGUACCGCCGGGCGGCGGGGGCCGAGCGGCUGGAGCGGCGCCGCCGCGGGACCACUGAGAAGAAGCCACCGGGAGGCCCCGCGGCAAGCCCGGGCGCCCCGAGGGUCCAGGCUCCGCUUGGGAGCCCCGAAGCGAAGCCACCGGGAGGCCCCGCGGCGAGCCCGGGCGCCCCGAGGGUCCAGGCUCCUCCUGGGAGCACCGAAGAGAAGCCGCCAGGAGGCCCCGCGGCGAACCGGGGCGCCCCGAGGGUCCAGGCUCCUCCUGGGAGCAUCGAAGAGAGGCCGCUGGGAGGCCCCGCGGCGAGCUCGGGCGGCGGCGUGCCGGGGCUGCUGCGGCGGCUGGGGCGGCUGGAGGACAGCCGGCGGCGGGCGGCGGAGCUGUUCCGCUGGCUGGUGGCGCCCGUGGCGCCGGGGGAGUUCGCGGGGCGGCACUGGGAGCGGGCGCCGCUGCUGGUGCGGAGGGGAGACCCCGGCUACUACACGGGGCUGUUCUCCACGGCUGACUUCGACGCCAUCCUGCGCAGCGGCGAGGUGCAGUUCGGGACCCACCUGGACGUGACCAGCUACGCCGAGGGUGUGCGGGAGACGCACAACCCCGUGGGCCGGGCCCUGCCCGCCGUCGUCUGGGACUUCUACCAGAACGGGUGUUCCCUGCGGCUCCUCAACCCCCAGGCCUUCUCUGCCACAGUCUGGCACUUGCUCUCCAUCCUGCAGGAGUAUUUCGGGAGCAUGGUGGGGGCCAACACCUACCUCACACCACCAGGUACGCAGGGCUUUGCCCCCCACUACGAUGACAUCGAGGCCUUCGUGCUGCAGCUGGAGGGGAAGAAGCACUGGCGUGUUUACAGCCCCCGGACAGACACCGAGGUGCUGCCCCAGUUCUCCAGUGCCAACCUGACGCAGGCUGAGCUCGGCAAGCCUGUGCUGGAGGUGGUGCUGGAGGCUGGGGACCUGCUCUACUUCCCUCGGGGCUUUAUCCACCAGGGUGACUGUCUGCCUGAUGCGCACUCGCUCCACAUCACGGUGUCCUCCUACCAGAGGAAUUCCUGGGGCGAUCUCCUGGAGAAGCUCCUCCCGGCGGCCCUGCAGAUGGCCCUGGAGGAGGAUGUUGAGUACCGGCAAGGACUUCCCAUGGGCUACUUGGGGUACAUGGGGGUUGCCAACUCUGAUGCAGUUGACACUCGCCGAACAGCCUUUGUGGAGAAGCUGCAGAGACUGAUGAAGAAACUUGUUGACUAUGCACCCAUUGAUGCUGCUGUGGAUCAGAGAGGCAAGUCGUUUCUUCAUGACUGUCUCCCCCCAGUGCUUACUCAAAGUGAAAAACAGCUAAGCGUGUAUGGCUUUCCGGCCCGGUGGCAAGAUGGAAGUCCCCUCAAUGUUGACAUACUAAUAACAAAAGACACAGAAGUUCGUCUCCUCCGUCAUGGCAUCAUUAGGUUAUGCAAUGAAGAAGCAGGUGUGAUGCUGUACUACACAACAGAAAAUUCAAGAGUGUAUCAUAAGGAAGACCCCAAGUACCUUGAGAUAGAUCCUGAGUAUACAGACAGUAUUGAAUUUCUUCUGUCUUCCUAUCCAAACCAUGUAACUGUGGAUACCCUCCCAUGUGGAACCCUGGAGGACAAGAUUUCUUUAGCCACACUCCUGUUUGAGAAGGGCAUUCUGACUACUAAGAAACCACUGGUGCAAGUGUAACUCUUGUUUUUGUACAAAAUAAACACACAUUUGUUUAGAAAGUA